AUGCGACGAAGGAGGCGUUCUGAUUCGUUUGAAGAGAUUGAAUUAAGAGCAAAACGAGAAAAGGCUGAUCCAGAGACAGUCGAGUCUCUGAUAUACCGGCUUGGAUUCAAGGAAUUUUCUUACAUUGAGAAAGAUAUAGCUGAUCUCGCAUCAGUUAUCUUGGCGGAUGUCCCGAAGAAUGGAGACAGGCUCUUGAAAGUCUUGUGCAAUUGCGUAAAAAAUAUUCCAGAGCGCAUAUUGAUAUUCGCAACAUUAGUUGGAUUGCUAAAUCUAAAAAACCGAGCCUUCGUUGGUCAGCUUAUAGAGCUGCUGCAGCGUGAUCUCCGGGACGCUAUAAGAUCAGCUAGUUUUGAAGAUGCAAAAUACAUUUUGCUGUUUUUGUCAGUGUCCGUUAAUUGCUUCAGUGUUCACAAGGGGUCUGUUUUGCGUCUUUAUGAAAGUUUUGCGGAGGUUACAUCGGAUACUGAAUGCAAUUCACAGGCCCGAAUUGACUGGUACAUAUACAUGAUAUUAUAUGGUCUCCCAUAUAGUGGCCACAUGCUAGCUGCUCAUAAUCCUUCGGCGUUUAAUGAGACUCUGGGUACUAUUGAAGCUUAUAUUGAGAAAAGACAGCGUUCGCAUGUGUCUUUGUUACGCGUAUGGGAGUCAGAUGACCCGCAUCCACAAGAAGAUUAUCUGGAUUGUUUGUGGGCUCAAAUAUGCAAUCUUCGAAAGGAAGGUUGGGUGGAGAAAGUCACUUGGCGGUUAUAUGAUUCUUUUCCAAGUCUAAGAGAACACGGUCGACCUCAUAAGUUGGCACCUCUGCCACCUCCAGAAUAUGCUGCAGAGGUUACCUAUCCUCUUCCUUCUGUUGUGUUUCGAAUAUUUGAUUAUACAGAUGUAAUAGAUCCGGAUGACACUGAAGUGAUGCCUAGCUCCGAAACGUCUUCAGAUCCUGCCAAAUUCGGAGUAAAAGUUCCUGUCCUUCCUGGUGCCCAUACAAUUGAGCGUUUUCUUAUCGGUGAACAUUUGGCUAUUUUAAUGAAUAAUUUAAGUUUCAACAGAUCUAUGUGUGCUAAAGCCCUACUAGGACUUAAAACUAGGGCUAAUGUAGCUCUAAAUUACAUGAUCAUUGAAGCUGUGUUUGCCGGAAUGUUUAAUCUACCUCAUCCACCAAUCCAGCAUGGUCAUCUUCUCUUCUAUGGGAGUUUGUUGAUACAGUUAUGCCAUGAGGCGCGUAAUACCAUCCCCAUGGUGCUAAUUCAAGCAAUUGUACUUCUCUUUGAACGUUUAGAAACCAUGAAACCUGUGUGUAUUGGAAGAUUUAUUGAAUGGGUUUCGUAUCAUCUGAGUAAUUGCUCUCUACAUUGGAGUUGGGAAUCUUGGUCAUCAUCGCUCACUCAAGAGCCUAUGUCCCCUCAAAGACGUGUAAUCACAGAGAUUUUGUGUAGAUUGAUACGCUUUUCAUAUUACGAAAAUGUAAAGCGCCAAAUUCCAAGAUCAUUCCACAUCCUUUUACCGCCUCAACCUACUGUAAUUAAUAAGUACGAGAGAAAUCCAGAUUUGCCGUCUGCGCGUAUAUUCCUACGACUUAUCGAUUCUAUUCGCUCACGUCUUGAUCCGCAAACUAUUCUAAAGAUUGCACAAAGCGCUCGAAAUAUCAGAAAACAACGAUCACUUUCAGAACUGAAUGAUGAUGGCGAUGCUGAGGAAAAAGAAGGUGGAUAUGAAUCGAGUGAUAGUAAUAGUAAUAGUAGUAGUAGUGAACCAAUACGUAGUGACGAAGAACGUCGUGGAAAGAGCCCAAUAGACGAUAUUCUUCUGUUAGAUCCAGAAUUCGAUGACCUGGAUGAAAAUGAACCUGGUAAACAAGAUAUGCGUGUACGCCUUAAAGCACGCAGGAGAGUUUUACGCGAAAGUGCCAUCAAGCGAAAAUUAAAUGCUAAUAAUAAUAAUAACAGUGAUAAUGAUAAUAGUGGUAAUGUUGGAGAGUCGGAAACAAAAAAUGAUGCUGACAGUAAAUCUUCAUUGUCUAUAAUCACAUCUCGAAUGAUGACUGAACUUUCUCCUGGUGUAACAAACUUAUCAAUAGAAUUAUUUUAUUCUGCUUUGUUAAUUGCUGGUUAUAAAACAAUUAGUCAUACAUUUGCAUUCAUAAGAAAGUAUGCUGCAGUUAUUCGUACUCUUACAUCUAGUGUUGAAACUCAAGUGGAAGCUUUACAUGUAAUUCAAGCAGUUUGGGCAAAUCAUCCUCAAAUGAUUGUCAUUAUUACAGAGCAUAUGUGUCGGGUUGGCUUAAUUGAUCCAGAAGCUGUUGUACGUUGGGCAUACUCACCUAUAAUGACUUCGUUAACCAAUGAUACAGUCAUUAUGAAUUCAGCAAGUGCUCGUCCGAAAAUUUUAGACUUUUAUGUAUGGGAAUGUCUAAGUCGUACGCUUAUUCGUGUUGGCAGGCGUGUAGCCCGUAUUACUAGUAGAUUGAAAUUGGCUAAAGACAAUCCAGAAGCAGAAAAGCAUCAAUCGUCACAUUCCUCAUCAAUCAAGAUAACACUGAUCAAAAAAAGUAUCUUGACAGCUUUAGACGAAACGGAGACCACCGUGAUCCAUCUUUCAAAAAGCCAAGAGACUUAG